AUGUUCGCUUCCAGAUUCCGUUCCGAAUACCGGCGGGUGCUAGCGUCCCCGACGGGCGAGGACGACCACGCGUACGACGCCGGCAGCGACGACGAGAAGAAGCCAGCCGGCACGAUGCACCUGGGGAGGUUUGCGACGCUCUCUCUCGUCGUCUGCAUCGUCUGCACCGUCGCGAACGUGCUCAUCGCCUGCAAACCCAUGGGCGCCGGCAUGAGCAUGAUGACGAUGCGCCCGCCCGCGCCCCUCACUCGGCAAGACAUGCACCGUCUCCGGCGGCCCUCGCAGUUCAUCGGGCUGGCCGACAUUCACCGCCCGGUCCCCCCGGUCCCACGGCAGUUCGACAACUGGCCGAUGCUAGUUGCGCAAGUCGACUCCGCCGAUAGCGACAAGGUCUUCCGGAGCCACCGCGCACACAUGACGCACAGCGGCACCGUCGUCCCCGAAGACCGGCACAUCCAAACCACGAGCACGGUCACCUCCAUCGUCCAGUUCCGCGCGAUCGACUUUGGGAUGGAGACGUGCGAGCUCCGUGUGGUAAUCGACCCGGCGUCGUCCUUCACGGCGACUCUCAGGCCGUUCAUGCUCAGCCUCUACCGCCUGAACGCCUCCAUCCCGCUCAACGCGGCCACGCUGAGCUACAAGACACGCCCCCCGCGCCUCACCGAGAUCGACACCGUCGAGGUGAGGGCGGGCGCCGCCCUCGACUGGCACAGGAACUUUGCGUGUGCGACCGAGGAGGUCAUCACGAUCGAGCUGGCCUGCGAGGUGCCCAUCGGCGAGAAGGAUUGCGACCUGGAAUGGUGGCAGAAUAAGGACCUCCCCGCUUCAGCUAUCUAUAUUACGCAGCAUUCUACCGUCUAA